AUGGUUCCUUUUCAGGAAACUGAGAUAUCAUCGGUUUCCGUGCUCGUCUGGCCCGAGGAAAAAUGUCGUGCCUCGGUACAUUUGAGCCCAAAAUUGCAACCUCAACGCGGCACUGCUCUCGCCUCCUUGCCUCGUUGCCCCCGGAUACUAAGUGGGUUGGAUAUCCGUCCCGGUUGUCUGCGACUCUUCACCCAAGUUCUCUCUCAUGCUCCUCUUCGGUAUCAUGCACAUUUGGCCAACUCAUGUAUUCUUCUGGCCAGUCAACCCUGGCCGAUUUCUGUAUCCCUUUCUCCCUCUUUGCUAACCGACUGUAUCACGGCCGGAUGGGCAGGGCUUAGUGAGAUGGGCCGAGAGGGUGGCUCUGGCCGUGUUCACCGUCUCGAAGCGACGCGGUCAAAGUCAAUCCGGGCUUGGUGGCGUUUCAACGGGCCGGGAACUGAGGUUUCCGUGGCCCUAUUUCCAGUUGCCAACGUUCUAGUGCUUGAGGCGACUUACUGGCGUGAUUGCGUAAUACCGUGGUUGGACUUACAACCACGCCCAAGCUGUUCGCCUCGAGGGGUUGGCGUCCGGUUGGUGCCGAUUGCCGGUCGAGACAAUCGGGCCAUACCGGUCGGCAGACUGGGCUUAACGACAAGUAAAAGUGGAUCAUCUUCCAAGCCAGAUCAUACACCGGAUGUGGUCCGGUCCGAAUGUGCAUACAGUAGCUAUGCCGCCGGUUGGCGUCAAGUCGAAUGGCAGAUGUCACUUGGGUGA